AUGAAGGGCAAAGAAUUCAUUUUACCAACUUAUGAGUUAGAUUCCAAUCUUGUUUUAUUACCAGGCAUUAUUUAUAAUGUAACCUUUUCACGUUUCAAAGCAGCAGCAUUAUUAUCUCGAUUCAAAUCCAAGGUGUCUGUAUCAAUGGUCAACAAUUUGAUCAGUGAAUAUGAAUUUAAUAAAGAUGAUUAUUUAUCAGAAGAUUCCAUCCACGGAAUUGAAAACUAUAACAAAAUCGAGAAUGAUUUUGACUGGCUAGUGUUAGGGAUCACCCCAAAUUUUGAAAAAAUGAAAGUUAGUAAGAAUAGAGUUGUCACUAUUGUUAAAGUUAUUGGGAUCAAUGAUGAGAAUAGUAACAUUAGAUUGACUUUCCAAGCUUUGAGUAGAGGUGAAAGAAUCAAAGAUUUCAAAAAUGAGAGUUUGAUUAGGGUUGAUGACAUUAAGUUCAGUUCUGAUAAUUUAUCAAACUUCAAAAAGUUGAAUACUGAAUUAUUGUCAUUAUUUGGUAAAAUCGAUUCCUUCCUAAUCGAUUAUAAGAGCACCGAAAAUCUUUUGAAUUUAAAUCCUUUAGCCAAUUCUUUAUUCUUGCAAUUAUCAACUGCCAAUGAUUUCAACAAAGCUUAUAAAUCAUUAAAAAAAUUAGUAACUUCUGUCAAUUUGAAAGAUUUUGAUAAUUUAUCCAAGUUGAUUGACUUGGCUGUAGCCAUUUUACCAUUCCCUGUAAUUCAAAAGUUCAAAAUCUUGAGUAAGUUCAGCAUCAAUGAGAGAAUUUUGGAAUUAAAUGAAAUGAUCAAGAAUUUCAAAGAUAUCUUAACCAAUUUACAAAAAGAUGACUCCUUCGUGAGUAAUUGGUUUUUCAAUGAAGCAACAAAUUUACAAAAAGCUGCUGUUGUUGCCAGCCAAUUGAAAUCCAUCAGAGUUUUAUUGGAUAAUAUCAGUGAAAAGGAUAAGAAUAAUAAACAAUUGAUAAGAAAGAAAUCCAAUUUCAACACCACCACAAAUCCUGGGAAUGCAAAUGGAAGAAGAUCCGGACCUAACAACGGCAACAUGAAUGAUGAUGACGAUGAAGAUGAUCUUCAAGGUAUCACCACAUUCAUUAAAGAAAUUUUACCCAAUAUAUCAUUAUCCGAAGAUUCGAAAAGAUUGAUUUUGAAAGAUUAUAAGCGAAUCAAAUCAUCUAGUCCUGGGAACAGCGAUUUCCACGUUAUUAGAAACUACCUCGAUAUUGUUAGUGAUUUACCGUGGGAUAAAUAUAUUUCCAAAUUUAAGGAUAACCUGGAAAUCGACAUUGAUGUAGCUAAAAGUCAAUUGGAUAAUGAUCAUUACGGAUUAGAAAAUGUAAAGAAGAGAUUGAUUCAAUAUUUAGUUGUAUUGAAGUUAUUGAAUAAAAAAAUCAACGACGACUAUGACAAUAAUGCCAAAAUCAAGCAACUCAAAGAUUUGGAUUCCAAAGAUUUGAAAGAAUUCAAAGAUUCCAAAGAAGUUGACGAUGAAGUAAAAUCAGAUAAUAAGAACAAAAUAUUGGCUUCAAGCAACAAAUCUCCAAUCAUUAUGUUGGCAGGACCUCCAGGGAUUGGUAAGACAUCACUAGCUAAAUCCAUUGCCAAAAGUUUGGGUAGAAAUUUUCAAAGAAUUUCUUUAGGUGGAAUCAAAGACGAGUCAGAAAUCAGAGGUCACAGGAGAACUUAUGUUGGAGCAAUGCCCGGAGUUAUUGUUCAAAGUUUAAGAAAGGCUAAAUCUAUGAAUCCAGUGAUAUUGUUGGAUGAAAUUGACAAAGUUAUUGGAGGCAACAAUACUGCCAACAAAUUUAAUGGAGAUCCUUCAGCUGCAUUAUUGGAAGUUUUAGACCCUGAACAGAACUCUUCUUUUGUUGACCAUUAUCUUGGAUUCCCAAUUGAUUUGUCUCAAGUUAUAUUCAUUUGUACAGCGAAUGAACCUCAUAACUUAUCAAGACCUUUAUUGGAUAGAUUGGAAAUGAUUGAAUUGAGUGCUUAUGAUUAUCAUGAAAAACUAAUUAUUGGUAAGAAAUAUUUAUUACCAAGACAAGUGAAAAGAAAUGGGUUACCUGAAAAUUCUUUAAUCGAAAUAUCUGACGAAAAUAUGGAGAGGAUCAUCAACAAUUAUACUAGAGAAGCAGGGGUAAGAAAUUUAGAAAGAAAAUUAGGAACAAUAUGUAGAUACAAAGCUGUGGAAUAUUCCAAGUCUUUAGAUAAUGGAGAUUCGUAUAAAUCAGCAGUUGAAGAAUUUGAUUUACCGAAAUACCUCGGAAUCCCAUUACCAAAUAUGUCCUUAGAAAUCUAUGAUACUCCUAAUCAAUUUGGAAUUGUAAACGGGUUAUCCUAUAAUGGUGAAGGAAGUGGCUCAGUAUUGAGUUUUGAAAGUAUCGGAUUUGUUAACAAUGAAAAGGGAGGAUCCUUGAAUAUGACCGGAAGAUUGGGAGAAGUACUCAUGGAGAGCGGAAAGAUAGGUUUGAUUUUCAUAAAAUCAAUUAUUUACAAUGGUUUGUUAAACUUCGAGAAUCAACAGGCAUUAAUGGAAAGAUUCAAAAAUUUGGAAAUACAUUUACAUGUACCAAUGGGGUCCAUUUCAAAAGAUGGACCAUCUGCUGGUAUUACAAUGGCCUUGUCUUUCUUAUCAUUGAUCUUGGAAAAACCAGUUCCUAAAGAUAUUGCCAUGACGGGUGAAAUAACAUUGAGAGGUAUGGUGUUACCUAUCGGAGGAUUAAAAGAGAAGAUGUUGGGAGCUCACCUUUCCGGUAUUAAAAGAAUGAUUGUUCCAAGAAAUAACAGAAAAGAUUUGAUUGAGGAAUAUAUCAAAAGUAUUAAUGAUGACAGUCAAUUGAAUGCUAUAUUGAAAGACGAUGAAAAGAAAUACGAUUUUGAAAACAACGAACCGGAGUUGUAUUUUGCCAAUAAGUAUGGUAUUAAAGUCAAUUAUGCCAAUGAGUUUUGGGAUGUCAUAAAAUUGGUAUGGGGUGAUGAUUUGAUUAAAGAACCUAUAAGAUUAAUCGAGUAUCAUUUAUAG